GUGACCACAGCAAAGUACACAUUCUACAGCUUCCUCUUCAUCAAUCUUUACCAACAGUUCUCAAGAUUUGCAAACAUUUACUUCUUGGUGAUCGCAGCUUUGCAGCUGCUGACUCCUCUGUCACCCACAGGGCGGUACUCGACUGCGGCCCCUCUUGCUCUUGUACUUGCCGCCAACAUGGUGCGUGAGAUCUGGGAAGAUAGCAAACGUCAUAAGGACGAUUAUGAAGUCAACAACCGGGUCAUUGAAGUCAUUCGGGGCGGAAGAGUUGUUGAGGAACUCUGGAAGAACCUCAAAGUCGGAGACAUCGUGUGGGUAAAGAAAGGCACGGAGUUCCCGGCAGACUUGGUUCAGCUUGCGUCAAGUGAUGAGUCCGGGGGUUCAUACAUCGAUACUUGCAACCUGGAUGGCGAGACAAACCUGAAGAUCAAGUCCUCUCUCAGUUUGACACAGGAUGCAAGGAACCAUUCUCAAAUUUCUAAAACUCGCGGUCUCUUUGAAUACGAACCGCCCAACAAGCGGCUGUACACUUUUGUGGGAAAGGUGACCAUUGAUCAACAAACUAUCCCUGUAGACAACGAUGUAGUGCUUCUUCGAGGAGCUGUACUAAGGAACACCAAGUGGAUUUACGGCGUCGUCGUCUAUGCUGGCAAACAAACAAAGUUGCUCAUGAAUGCAAGGGCUGCUCAGCUGAAAAUGAGCAAUGUAGAGAGAUUGACCAACAGGAUUCUUGCGGCCGUUUUGCUCUUUGAACUUAUAAUGUGCAGUCUUGGAUGUAUUGGAAAUGCAAUCUGGGCGAAAGGCAAUAAGACUACUUGGUAUAUGCCCUAUCUUGAAUCGCAAUCGACUGCAGAAGUCUUAUCUUCCUGGAUCACAUACUUCAUCUUGCUAAACAAUUAUCUGCCGAUCUCUCUUUACGUUUCCAUGGAGUUGGCCAAACUCGGGCAGAAAGUGCUGAUUGAUAAUGACGUGGAGAUGUAUCAUGCCAAGUCAGACACUCCAGCACUCGCUCGCACUUCCAACCUGAAUGAAGAGCUCGGACAGAUCGAGUACAUUUUCAGUGACAAGACUGGGACACUCACAAGGAAUGAGAUGGAGUUCAGGAAAUGUUUCAUCGUCAACACAUCCUACGGGUUCGGAACGACUGAGAUUGGAGCUUCGAUGGCAAUGAGACAGAAGGGGGAGAUGAAGAAGGAUCCAGCAGAGGCGGAUGCUGAUGCUACGAUAGCUCAGAAGCGAAUAGAAUCGAACCAUCCUGACAGCCGCGCCAUUCGUGAUUUCUUUCGCAACCUCUCAGUAUCUCACACGGUCGUCCCUGAGGGUGAACCGCAACCCAACAAGAUCAAGUACCAGGCAGAGUCUCCCGACGAGGGAGCGCUGGUAUCCGCAGCCAAGUGCCUGGGAUUCUUCUACUGCGAGAAGACUGCCAAGACCCACACGGUGGAUGUGUUCGGGCAGCGGGAGACCUACGAGAUUCUCAACGUCAACAAGUUCAACUCGACCAGGAAGAGGAUGUCUUGUGUGGUUAAAACUCCUGAGAACCGGCUCAUGCUGUACAUCAAAGGAGCUGACAACGUCAUGCUGGACAGGCUGGCACCUGGACAAUCAUACAUCCACGAGACUGCCGACAUGCUGAAAUCCUACGCGCAGGAAGGGCUGAGAACCCUGGUGAUCGGGCAGAGAGAAAUCUCAGAGCAGGAGUGGAGGGAGUGGGACAAGGUCUUUCGUCAUGCUGCCUCCUCCCUUGUGGACCGCGAGGAUAAAUUGAUGGAUGCAGCAGAGAUGAUCGAGAGAGACAUCACGCUUGUCGGAGCGACGGCGAUCGAGGACAAGCUACAGAUCGGAGUACCAGAUGCGAUCUCGACGCUGGCCAUGGCGGGGAUCAAGAUCUGGGUGUUGACUGGAGACAAGCAGGAGACGGCGGAGAACAUCGGGUUCGCAUGCAACUUGAUCAAGGAGGAAAUGAAGCGAAUCUAUCUGCUGGAGGGCGACACGGACACGAUCAAGCGAAGUGUCAUCCAGGAGAUGGAGGAUAUGAAGAAGACUCCUGACAAGGAGCACUGUCUGAUAGUGGACGGCAAGGCGCUGUUAGAAAUCAUGCGAGCGCAGGAGGAGAAAGACGCGAGUUCUGACAGCCUCGAUCUCAUGCUCUCCUUCCUCGACCUCGCUAAGAAGUGCAAGGCAGUCGUAGCAUGCAGAGUUUCACCCGAUCAGAAGCGUCAGAUCGUCGCCAUGGUGAAGCACAACGUCAAGCCUUAUCCGAUGACCCUCGCGAUCGGGGAUGGAGCCAAUGACGUCCCGAUGAUCCUGGAGGCCAGUGUCGGCAUCGGCAUCAGCGGCAACGAGGGCAUGCAGGCUGUCCGCUCCUCCGACUAUGCCAUCGCGCAGUUUCGGUUCCUCAAGCGGCUGCUCCUCGUGCACGGCCGAUCGAACUACAAGCGAGUGUCAGUGGUGGUUAUGUACUCCCUUUACAAGAACUGCACCCUCGUCUCCACCCUCUUCGCCUUCGGAACCUACAGCGGGUGGACUGGCACAGCUCUCUUCGACGCCCUCAUGCUCGCCGGGUUCAACGUCGGCUGGGCUUUCUUCGGCGUGAUCAUCUUCGGCACCAUCGAGAACGACGUGAGUCCGACAGCAGCCAUCGCUUACCCUCAGCUCUACAUGUCGGGGCAGCAGCAGCGAGACUUCAACAUGCGCGUUCUCCUCCGGUGGUUCCUGACGGGGAUCUACCAUACCGUCAUCUGCUUCUUCAUCGCCUCCGCCAUCUUCAUGAACAUGACGGUCAAGCCGACGUGGGCAGAGGACGGGCACGUGGUCUUCGGCACCAUCGUUCAACAGUCCAUCAUAGCCGUUGUCAACCUGAAGCUGCUCAUCGAGACUAACUACCUGACCAACUACAGCUUGUUCUCAUACGUGCUUGGCUGGCUGCUCUUCGUCCUU